CUCGUACGACUAAACGGGCUAAACGUCAUUGCAUGUUGGUAAACAAGAAAAUACGAUAAAAUUUAGUUUUUCAAAGUAGAAUAUUUUUUUUUUAUUAAAAUCAAGCCUUCACAAUGAAUCAUUGUUCAGUCGUAUCGUGUCUAAAUAGUAAACGUGAUAAACAAUUUAAAUUUUUUAACUUUCCCUCGGAUCCGGACAUAUGUUCUCAGUGGGUACAAUUCUGCCACUGCCCGGAAAUAUCGGACCGUCUCCUGAAUAACGGCCCAUACGGCUUAACUAAGUUCGUAAUUUGUUCGGAACAUUUCGACCCAAAUGUCGUCUGUGAUGUUGUACAUAGAAAGCUUCCAUUACCAGCGUCCGCCGUUCCAUACAGAAUCGGAAAAACUCAUAUGACGGAGAAAAUGCUACUAGAAAAUGGCUUCGAUGUUAAGCAAUCUCGACCUGCACACCCCAAGCGCUCUUAUGUCGAAGAGUCAUUUGACGAUGUUGUUCUAGUCGAAAUGCUUGAUCCUGAAGAUCAGAAUCAGGAGUCUAACGAAGAGGAUUCAAAUUUUGAAUUUAUUCGAAUGAAAUCGGACGAUCAGCUGUUUGAAUUUGAAAAUGGUUUCAAGCAGGAAUUUGUGGAGUCAGAUGAAGAGGUGACAGGACCACACUCUGAAUUGACCAGCUCAGAUGUGCAAAAACGUGAGAAGGUAGUCGUCAUAAAGGAAUGUAGAUACUGCUCACAGUUUAAACCUCGCUACAAUUACGAAGUAGCGAAGAAUAAGAAUCUCGAGGAACUCAUCAAGAAGAACAAAAAGAAUAUCGCCGAAGCCACGACAAAACUGCAAAAACUGCAUGAUCGACUGACGCUACGCAGAAUAAAACGGAACAAACUGAAGAAAAUGUAUCAGGAAUUGAAGGUGCGUUUCAAGAGACAAACGCAAGAGGGUAUGAACCCACCGGAAAGCGAGGAAGGUAGUGCGAGUGAUGACGAGAGCACAGAGCCUUGGUGGUGAUUUUUUUCCUGGAAGACCUGCAACGCCGUUUCAUGUAAAUAAAACUAUGUACGACUAAAAUAUGGUAAAAAUAUACCUGGAUUGCGUAUAAGCUGAUUGCAAAAAAAUAUUGUUUUUAACUUUUCCGUACACAAAAGAGUAUACAAGUGCUAUAGAACAUGG